AUGAAUAACCUGAGAAACAAAGUAAAAGAUGAUGAUGAUGGAGGUUUACCGAAUCCUACACGUUACCAAGUGCUGUCUUCUUUCAUCUCCAAGCACAUGAUCCUUGCAUAUAAAAGCAAAGGCAUAAUAUCUUUGGUAUUACUAAUGCACAUAGUGGACGCGAGAAGAAAAAGGGGCGACCCUUUAUCCAGUAACUCCAUGGGAAACCUGCACUGGCCAGUGAUGAUACCCUAUGACAAGGCCAAUUACACAGACGAUAUCAGUCUCAAUGACUUAGUGAAAAUCACGAGACAGAAUAUAGGAAGCGUCAAUAAGGACUUGUUCUUGAGGAUUCAAAGAGACCCUAAUUUUCUGCUGAGUGCUGAGUGUGGAGGGAUGUUGAUGGAAGGGAUAGAGGAGAAGAAGCCAAUUCCACUUGUGUUCUCAAGUUGGUGUAAUUUGGGGUUCGAUGAGAUGGAUUUUGGAUGGGGCAAGCCACUGUGGGUGGGUUUCAGAGGAGGAACACAGGAAACAGUUCCUAAUAGUGUUAUUCUGAUUGAUACAAGCCAAGGAAUUGAGGCUUGGAUCACUAUGCCAGAAGAAUAUCUGGCUGUCUUACAGAAAGAUGAGGACUUUCUCAGAUAUGCAUUGCUUAAUCCUACAGUUUCGUCAUAA